AUGGCCAUCAAGACGACCGUCGAAUUGGAGCAAGCCCUGAAAGCCCGCGGCAUACCCUUCACGAAAGUAACACCCCUCAACGCCUCCACGAACUUUGUCUGGCGCAUUCAGGCCCCAGACAGCUCAAGCACGAUCAUCAAACAUGCGGAGCCCUAUUCAAAAGACAGUCCAGACAUUCCAAUCUCCACAGACCGCCUAGAUUUUGAAAAGAAAGCGUUAGAAAAGCUCCUCAAAAUAAUUCCCCAGGAUGACAUCUUACGCCUCCCCGCACUCCGCUUCUACGACGCAGACGACAAGAUCUUGCAAAUUAGCGACGCGGGUCUUCGUACGCUUGACGAGGUCUACAGGAACCGAAUGCUGAAUAUCCCCCUCUUCGGCCGCCGAAUAGGCAAAUGGCUCGCCCGAUUGCAUGCUUCGACGCGCAGGGAAGAGACGCGAAAUGCGUUCUUGAACGAGAGCGCAAAAGAGGCGUAUCGAAAAGUGUAUGAUACCGUUCCAGGUAUCUUCUCUGAAUGGGGUCAUGAUGCUUCAGUUGUUGAAAGCAUCAAUGCGAAGUAUGGAGCGUUUGGUCAAUCCGAAUCCGCGUGUGUCUGUCAUGGCGACUUCUCGCCGGAGAACAUCGUGGCGCAAUCAGCAGUUGCGUACGGCUUCAGUAACCACAAACUGACAGUUGUGGACUGGGAGAUGGUGCAUGAUGGGUGUGGGUCGUCAGAUGUUGCGCAAUUCGCCGCGGACGCGUGGUUGCUGGAUCGGUUUAAGGGCGGACGAGAGCUUUUUGGGAACUUUUUGAGAGGCUAUGGGGAGGGUGUAAGAGAAGGUGGUGGGGAAGUCGAUGACCUAUUUAAAAAGAGAGCUGCGGCGCAUUUUGCAGCUUAUUUGACUUUUGCGUCUACAAAAGCGGAGUCAGUAAUGAAAGAAGAGACGGCGCAGGCUAUUAAACUCGGGUUCAAGAUCUUGGAGAAGGUUCUCGCGAACGAUAUGGAGUUUGUGGGAACUACAUUUCCGGGACUAUGA